CAUGUUAUAGCAGAGCUUUUUUUACUCUGGUUUAGACUGGUGCAUAUAUAUAAAUAUAUAAGGAUUAAAGAUACGUACAGCUGAAAAGGCACUGUCCCAUAUCGCAGUCAGUUUACAUAUUUAUCUACUAAAGUGACUGGGUUUAUUGUCACGUGAGGAGUCCAAAAUACAAUCUCAACUGUUAUAUACACAGGGUUUUUAUCAAACCUGCUUGGGAAGGUCGGACUAGGAGGUGGACACACUAGUGGACAGACAGUUGAACAGACAGCUGCACCAGUCAUUCAGACGGACACACAAAUGGCGGAGGAAUCACCAAAGAAGACUGGCAAGAAUGUGCUGAUCGCAAUGGACGGUAGCAAGCACGCCUUGUAUGCAUUUGAAUGGUACGCCAAGAACCUGUACCACCCCGAUGACAACGUCAUCAUGGCUCACUGUGCAGAACCAGGCGUCAACAUUCCACCCACUACCAUGAUGACCGGAAACACCGCCAUGGUGGACUCUCUCCUUGAACAGCACGAACGCAACGCCAAGGAGACCCUUCAGACGAUAGACGCGGCCGCUGGCAAACACAACAUCAAACAUGUGCUUGAGCGGCUUCAUGGGCCACCAGGGGAGGCCAUCGUCAAAGCGGCAGAUUCGCAGAACGCAGACAUGAUAGUCGCCGGAAGUCGCGGCUUCGGCACCCUCAGACGGACGAUCAUGGGCAGCGUGAGUGACUACAUUGUGCACCACUCCAAAGUUCCCGUCAUGAUCUGCAAACACGAUGAUGAGCACGUGAAACUCAAAUAGGCGACAUUAACGUCACUUCCGGUUGAAAGUCACUCACCGGAAAUAAGUUGAAAGGAAACUGUGGACCGUUAUUUCUUAAUAUAAAUGUUCUAACAUGUUGAUUAAUUUCUGUAUUGUUAUUAUAACACAGAAUACUAGUUAUUAAUUGUAAAGUUUAAAUCGAAUGUUGUUAUCCAAAGGAUAGUGUUACAUGAUGAAACAUGAAAUGUUUUGUGUCUGGUUUGUUCUUGAUUUAAUUACUAAACAAAUUUCCAUGAUGCUUUAUUUGUUAUUGUGAGUAUAUCAAUAAAAUGUUUAAACGUUGA